AUGACCCAUUUAGACAAUAUUACAAUUCUCUUGCUGCCAAGAAAGUUGGCAAAAAAGCUUUAAGAUCUAAAUUAAGAGAUUUUAGAUUUUGAUAGAUUUAGAGUUAUGAUUUUCAGAAGGAGAGUAACGCUAUUAUCAACAAUAAAAAUAGAGAAAUGCACUCCUUAGUACCUUAAAGCUUUGAGAAAGUAUAAUUUUGGAGGAAAAAUAGCAGCUUAAGCUAAAAGAUGA